CCUCACCCUCCAUCUGGGCUCCACGCUCCAGCAACAUCACCGGGCCCAAACCCCCAACAUCAAAAAGGCCACCUUCAACUUGUGGUCAAAUCAUAAUUCGUCAAGAUACACAUUGUUUUUCUCCUUGCGCGAGUGUUAGGCACAUCUUGUCUUUUACACUCAUCAACAGGUGACUUUCCCAUUUAAGGAAUCUUUACGGCGAACAUUCGACGACAAAUCAUCCUGGUUGCUUACGACUUUCGAUAUCGACUGUCGACAAUUUGAACGACACUCCUCAGCAACCUAACAGAGGAGACGACAGAUCAAGCACAGACAUUUGGCUUCGAAGUCAUCAGCAGCACACUACCGUAUCUUCAAAAGGCAAAGCAGGGUGUGGAUGAAGGCAAUCUAUCCAAACAUCCUAUGACGGAAGCCUCUACAGCUCACGCCAUGAGUGAGCUUCAAAAGAAGUGGGCAAAAGCGAGGCUCGGCAGUCAGGCGUUGGGGCAGCCACCAGCAGAGAUACCGACCGCAACGACGAUGCCGGAGUUCAACGAGGCGGACGAAGACAAAGAAAUGGCGGGGCCCAGUCCAGGCGGAUUUCCCUUCGACGACGACUCCUCAUCAGCGUCCUCUGUUUCAUCGACAGGAACUGUGAUCCCUUCUCCGGGGAGGGCUCUAUUUGCGCGACCACAGGGAUUCGCCAGUCGGUCCAUGGACCCUAUCCCCUGGACAACUUACUUUGAACGAGAACUCUUCCUCAAGGAGGAAGCUGGAUCCGACGGUGGCAGUGGCAGCAGCAACAGCAGCAACAAGCCAGUAAUAAUAACCCACCACGCCUACCUCACCUCCCCAGUCGGCAAAGGUCCCCUCUUCGUCACCCACCACGGUGCCGGUUCCUCCGGCCUCUCCUUCGCCGUCCUCAGCUCCGAGAUCCGCAAACGUCUACCCAACGCCGGCAUCCUCUCCCUCGACGCGCGCGGCCAUGGCUCAACAACCAUCACCACCCCUUCCUCAGCUCCAGGAGAAGGAGGAGAAACCACAGAACAAGCACCACCACCACUAGACCUGAGCCUCUCCACCCUCGCCACCGACCUCUUCACUGUCAUCCAACUCACCCGCGCCGCCAUGCACUGGCCCGACCUGCCACCCAUCAUUCUCGUAGGCCACUCUCUCGGCGGCGCCGUCGUCACCGAGCUCGCCAAAUCCUACCGUCUCGGCCCCUCCCUUCUCGGCUACGCCGUGCUAGACGUAGUCGAAGGCUCCGCCAUGGACGCUUUACAAAGUAUGCAAACCUACCUCUCCACGCGUCCCCAAGGGUUCGCCACUUUGAAGGACGGCAUCGAGUGGCACGUGCGAUCGCGAACAAUCCGGAAUUCAACGUCAGCCAGGACGAGCGUACCGGGCUUGUUGGCGCCCGUGGAGGAGCUGCAAAGGCAGCAAUUGCAUCAGCCGAGGGGCGUGGCGGGGACGGAGGGGACGGCGAAGCCGUGGCGGUGGAAGACGGACUUGGCGGCUACGCAGCCGUUCUGGGAGGAUUGGUUUGUGGGGCUGAGCAAGAAGUUUUUGGAGGCGAGGGGGGGCAAGAUGUUGUUGCUUGCGGGAACGGAUCGGUUGGAUACUGAGUUGACUAUUGGGCAGAUGCAAGGUAAAUACGCUUUGCAAGUAUUUCCCGAAGCAGGACACUUCAUUCACGAGGACCUGCCGGAAAAGACGGCGAUUGCACUUGUGGACUUUCAUCGGCGCAAUGAUAGGAGUCAACUGGUACUCCCAGCCAAGGUAUCGGAUUUGUUAGCUCAGGGGAAGAGAGUGUAAUUAAGCCUCUAACGGUUACGGAACGGGAAAUGGUGUUUAAUCCACCUGGCUAGGUGUUAAUCAUCACGCAUCGAAUCACGAUGACACUAGACGAUUUAAGAGGCACAGAGGGUAUAUAGAUCGUGUUGGUGGAUUCACAAUGUCGACUUGCCCGACGUUUAGUCAUGUACCAAUCCCAAACAUACACUAAUGAAAGCAAAUGGGC